CCUGUCCAGCAGCUCUGGGGAGUGACCCUCCCCAGAAGGAGUUAGGGGAGCUCUGAGCACCCUGGAGCCCUUCAGGAAAUGAACCUAGGGUGGUGGAACACUCCAGGGAUUGUGCCAAACAAUGAACAAAGGGGGCCCUAGUUUUCUGGGACCUUCUGUUCCCACCUGCCCUAGGGGUGCCGGGGUAGGCUGGGCUAUAAAGCAGGGACUGAAGCAGCGGUCUGACCACUGGCCAGGAUGAUGUCCUUUCUGCUGGGCCCGAUCCUAUUUCUCUUCUGGGCCACUGCCGCUAGGCCAGAAGUCCUGCUGCAGCCAGAUUUCAAUGCCCAAAAGUUCUCAGGUCUCUGGUUCGUGGUCUCCAUGGCCUCCGACUGCAAGGUCUUCCUAGACAAGAAGGCCCGCCUGCUGAUGUCCACCAGGGCCGUGAAGGCUAUGGCAGAUGGCGACCUCCGGGUACACAUGGAGUUUCCACUACCUGAUGGCUGUCACCAAGAGGACGCAGAUUUCCUAAGGGUGGGCUCACAGGGGCACUUCAGAGUUCCCGCCCUAGGCUACCUGGAUGUGCGCAUGGUGAACACGGACUACCACUCUUUCGCCGUGGUCUACAUCUGCAAGGAACUGGAGGGGGUUCUGGGCACCAUGGUGCAGCUCUACAGCCGGACCCAGAACGCAAGCAUGCAAGCCGUGAAAGCCUUCCAGGACUUCUACCCGACCGUGGGGCUCUCGGACGACAUGAUGGUCGUGCUGCCCCAGUCAGGUGACCUGUGGGCCCGCCAGCAAAGUCCUACCAUGGCCACCCGGCCAGGUCCCGCCCAGUCUGUCUAUUAGACAUGCCCACCACCAACCAAACACACCCACCUGCCAGACAGACACGCCCACCACCGACCAGACACGCUCACUCGC